CUGUAACUUUAGGUGGGAAUUUUGAGCUAACCGAUGCUGAUGUGUCAAGAGAUGGUUGUUAGCUGACGCCAGUAUGAGCGAGGGCCUUGUGUGCCGUCCAGAAAUCGACUGGCGACUGGCGGGAUUCCGCUUCUGGGUGUUCCUCCGGGAAGAGGCUAGGCUUUAACGACUUGUCGACUAUCAGCAUCAGAUCACUCCCUAUCAUCAGUCUGCGGUAUUGAUUCGAGAAAUUGGGGGAACAUGCCCGCCAGGCCAUGUAUUGGCCCUCUUGGCCCAAAAGAUUCUAAGUACUUGUCUGUGAUCCUCAAUACCUUGCUCACUGGGAGCGAACAGGAAGACCGACAGUCUCUGGAUCUCACAGAGUGAAGAUGACCACGUCUACCCUCCAACCCCACAUACCUUAGUACUGCAGUUGUUGUAAGAGAUGCGACUUCGUUGGCUUUUCCGCCGUUCCAUCACAGGAUGUAUCGGCCUCUGGCUCAUCAUGCUCACCAUCAUAUAUAUAUACCUGGUGAAUGAUGGCCCAUUACCUGGAGGAAGCUCUAAUGCAAGGGAAUCCGUUCAAUUGGACGCUUUGCCGAACACACUCGACCCAGAGCAGCCCAUGGGAAGUUGGAUGGCGGCUGAUAUUGUGCCACCAAUGAAAAUCCCAGACAUGGUACAACUAAGCUCAAGGAUAGCAGAAUACUGUAAUCACCCAGCCCUAGGGAUCAGAGGUCAUGAAGGGGAGGCUCCAGCACAGUACAAAUUGAUUUCCGUCCAUGUUGUAAUUCGUCAUGGUGAUCGUACGGCCAUGUAUGGAUUUAACAAACAUCCCAAUCCCAUCAUUCCCUGUGUAAUGGAUUAUCACACAUUAUCUCAUCACCCCAAACUUCGGUCAUUUGUGCCAACCAUGUAUUCUUACAGUGGAAAACAACAUCCUCAAAGUGGCUUCAAAAACUGGGCUUUAUUUCCAGACAGGAAGCACUGCCGUAGUGCAGAACUAACAGGACAGGGGGCGCUGCAGCACCUGUUGCUAGGGGAUCAUUUUAAUAAACAAUAUAUCCACAAGUGGCAGCUAUUUGACGGGAAAUUCAGCCCUGAUAAAAUACUUGUCCGAGCAACAGAAUUUUCAAGGACGUACCAAAGCGCCAUAGCCCUGUUGUAUGGCUUUCUGCCACAGUUCAAUCUAACAGAGCUGAACAUUCACCGUUCAAGUAACAUUUAUUUCUGUGAUAACCAAUAUGCAAAUACACAAUGUAUCUGUCCUGCCAUUAAUGGCAUGCGGCAAAGUUUGAAUAAACAAGCGAGUUCUCGCAAGAACAGUCCAGUUUACAAAGAGGUGACCAACCACAUUGCAGAAGUAUAUGACCUGAAGCGGUCCCAGCUGCUAUGGGUGUCUGCAAUGAUGGACGUGUUUAUGGUGCAGGCUUGUCACGACAUCAAACUGAAGUGUAACGCAGAGGGCACCUGCAUCACCCAGAAGACCCUAGAGGACUUGUGGGCUCACUUGGACCAAGGCACACUAGCUGAUGUCCUUGACCCAGACAAAGCUCUGGAGAGAAUGGGCAGAGUGGCCAUGCAUCCUUUACUGGCAGAAAUAGCAAACAGGAUGAAAAACAUUUCUGUGAAAACAGAAUCCAUGCCACGAUUUGUCCUCUACUCCGGCCAUGACACCACAGUGUCACCCUUGGCAACAGCAUUGGGAAUCCAUAAAGGAAAAUGGCCGCCAUAUGCAACUCGGUUGGUGUUUGAGCAAUAUGCAAAGACCGUGGACGAUAAAGUUCGUCAUUAUGUACGGGUGGUGUACAAUGGGGUUGAUGUGACAAAGGAUGUUCGCUUUUGUGAUAAAUACCAAAAAGAUGGAUUUUGUGAACUUAAACAUUUCCUUAAGUUUGUUAAACAUCAAAAUUUUGAGGACCUUAAUGUAAAAACAUACGAGGAAGCCUGCCGUCCCAAAUAAGUAUCAUUUAGUACUCAACAUGUAAUUAGAUGUUUCCUAGUCUAAUGCUUGCAUUGGUGGUAAGUGUAAGUCGAUGAAAUUUAAUUGCAAUAAAGCAGCAAAGUCUGCCAACUAAUGACAUAUCAAGGUUUUAAUAAAUUAAAUAAUAAUCUGACUACAUGUACAUAACACGUGUAAUAGAACACCAACAGAAAAUCUGACAAAAAUAUGUCCGAAAUGAGAAUCUGUAUAAAAUAUGAAUGAUUC